AUGACUCUGUGCCUCCAAGACCGCCUCGGCAUCAACGGCUGCCCCAGGGCUGUUCCCGCCAUUGCCAGUCAGAAUCUCAACGUCACAAUCGCCGACAAUGGACUAUGCCCUUCAUGCCAAGACAGAGUGCGCCUUGUGGAAGCGCAGGCGCUGGAACGCAAUAUGCUCCAGGCGAGCACCACCCGCGCCAAUGCGCAAUUCGACAUGACCGGCAAUGCUUCCAAUACCGGAGGUUUUGUGUUGUUGCCUCAGACCGUUCAGAGUGCAGACCCUGAUGACCUCUUUGGGUUUUUGGCGGGGGCCGAUACUUUGGGCAUCCAGCAAGGCGUGCCUGAGCUGGAGGGCGACUGUGAAGCAACCCGGCAGUGA